AUGGCGGUGGUGGUAGCAGAAGAUAGGAAUGCCGUUGUUAUAGAAUGGUUGUCUGGGGAUACUAAAAAGGAAAACCAUCUGUGGUACUCUGAUUACUCUACUGGAACUAUUAGGAAUAAAAGUAGCCAAAUGUGCAUAGAACUUUAUGAUGAUGCAUUGAUUGUCUCGAAGCACGAUCCUAAUAACAAGAACCAGCUAUGGGAAUGCGUAGGAGAAGUCAUAAGAAGUCGUACAAAUCCUGAAUUAGUUUUUCAACUCAAAGGAUACGCUGAUGCUGGAGUGGCAUUAACAGCCAGGAAAUAUACUUUUGGAUCCAUUGAGCAAAUGUUUGAACCUUUUUACCCUAGGGAUCCUGUUCUUGCCCCACUAUCAGGACCUCCACCCCAACCGAUACCUUCCAAACCUGAUCCUCCUCAAAAAAAAUUAUUCUACAUAGUGAGUAGACUGAAUGGUUUUGUAAUGGAUAUCAGUGGAGCUAAUGCCAACGAAGGUGCCUUAGUCAUCUCCUACCCCAAGCAAGUUCCGAAACAAAACAAUCAGCUGUGGUACUUCGACGAGGACGGUCUGAUACGAUCGGCUCUCAAUGAUUUUGUACCCUGUGCUGCUGGUAAAGCUGUGCAACUUAAAAUGGUGCGUUUCACUGGAGGGGCCAGCCAAAGAUUCAGAUUGGACGGAUCGAGAAUCCUAAAUGGUAUUGGGGAGUGCGUCGAUAUUAGAGGAGCAAGUAAAAAAGAGUGUGCUCAAAUUAUCACCUACCCCCACAAUGGUGAUACUAAUCAGCAGUGGUUCAUUCAGUAUGUCUAG